UAAUCGUACCGGACCCGAAGCAACUCGUCAUGAAGGUGGUCAUCGCUCUGUUUGCGCUGGUGGCUGUGGCCAACUCGGCCCUGGUGUACUCUGGCCUGGGUCUGCCGGCGACCUACUCUGGCCUGCACGCCGUGGCGUACAGCGCCCCGGCCGUGCACAUCCAGCCACAGAUCACCACCUACUCGCUCAACCCCAUCGCCCACGAGGUGAACUACGCCCAUCCCGGUUACGUGGCCGUCACCCCGGGAGCCAAGCACGUGGCCCCCCUGCCGUACGCCGGAGCCAGCCAUCACGUCAACCUGGCCAACGCCCCCGGCACUAAGUAGACAUCCUACUGUGCCUCAUCACACCACCAAUGGAUUCGUUCGAACCGCAUAACGUUGGUUCGUGAAUGAGCGUUCCUGUCAUCAAUAGACCAUUUGACAUCA